ACGGUUUGCUUUAGCUUACAAUCACUGUCGACAUUCAGUCUCACUACAAAAGUCUUCCAUCUGCGUUUCAUAGCGCAUCUGCAUUAGCGUGUCCCUUGCCUGCUUCGCUGUUGGCUCCGGGGCUGACACUGCGGCACUGUGCGUUGCAGAACAUGCUGUUCUACUACGAGUCCGAGGCGUGCGGGCGGCCGUCGGGGGUGGUGCUGCUAGAGGGCUGCUACUGCGAGCGGCUCAUCGCCCCAGGCGCCUCCAAGCACAAGGAAGCGGCCGACAAGCAGCACUGCUUCGCCAUCUCGUACCGGCGCGAGCACCAGCGACAGUACGAGCUGCGCGCGGCCACUGAGUCGGACUGCAAGGCGUGGAUCGAGGCGAUCCGCGAGGCCAGCCGGCGACGUCGCGGCCGCGCGGCGCGGCGGCGGCGGGCGGCGGGCGCCGGCGCGGCUGCGCGGGCGGGCGCGGCCGCGCGGGCGCCGGCGGGCGCGCGCGGCGGCGCGUCGGCGCUGCUGCAGGGCGCGCUCGCCCCCUCCGCCCCCACGACUCGCUCAGCUGCGCAAGAUCAAGAAGGUGCAGAGCUUCUUCCCGGCUGGCUUGCCGCGCCGCUGAAGCAGAUCGUCGCUAGCAGUACAUUCAAAAGUCCCCGCCACCCGAGAGCAUGCGCAAACGCAAACAGCCUGGUGUUCCGCAUGGUGGAGGCGGAGGAGGAGUACAUGGAGCAGCUGGAGGUGCUGGUCUCGUGCUUCCUGCGGCCCUUCAAGAUGGCCGCCAGCUCCAAGAAGCCGCCCUGCUCGCACGAGGACGUCAACUCCAUCUUCCUCAACAGCGAGACGGUGCUGUUCCUGCACCAGAUCUUCCUCAAGGGGCUGACGUCGCGCAUGGAGAGCUGGCCCACGCUCGAGUACGUGCGCAACCACCACUUCAGCCUGCAGGUGCUGACGGAGUGCAAGCAGGCCGCGCCCUUCGCGCAGCUGCUGGCGCGCCUGGAGAACAAGCCGGCCUGCCAGGGCCGCAGCCUGGAGACCUUCCUCACCUACCCCAUGCACCAGAUCCCGCGCUACAUCAUCACUCUGCACGAGCUGCUGGCGCACACCCCGCACGACCACGUGGAGCGGCGCAGCCUCCAGAACGCGCGCCAGCAGCUGGAGGACCUCUCACGCCAGAUGCACGACGAGGUCAGCGAGACGGAGAACCUGCGCAAGAACCUGGCGGUGGAGCGGAUGAUCGUGGAAGGCUGCGACAUUCUCCUCGACGUCAGCCAGGUGUUCGUGCGCCAGGUUGGCGGAGUGGCAAGGAAUUCCCCGCCCCAUCAACACACAGCCACCGCUUGUGAUCGUUUCUCAGUGUUACACACGGACCUCGGCCCCAACGAUUGUGAGACGAAGCAGAGCCCAAGUGGCCGGUCGCGUUUUCGCCCUCUGGUCACUCCGGGCGCCGUGCGCUAUGAAUGCGGAGUAGGGGCCAGCAAUGGACAGUGAUGUGGAGAGCAGUGGUGUCUGAAGCCGGGAAAGAGGUUUCACACUAACGUUUAGAAAUGGUUGAGAGCGAUUGGUGAGCUAGUCUGGCGCACCGACUUUUGCUCCUUCUGCGCUGCACCAGUAUGUGUCACGAACCACGUGGUCACAGCGCGGGCACUUUGUUUGAAAAGCCAGA